UGGGAGGGGCGGGAGGACUUUGCAUCCGGUCGGGCUGCGCUCUGUGCGCUGUAAUUGGGGCGACCCAGACCCCCGCCUGGCCCCGUCCUUGCACUUGGAGCUGUUCCCACCGCGCUCCCGCCCCGGACAAGUCCCCCUAGAGGUCUCACACCUUUGCCCGGCCACUCCUUUUCCUACGCCUGGGUGGACCAGCCAGUGGCGUGCUGACUGUGGCCUUGUCCCUCACCUCCCACCCACAGCGCUAGUUCCCGCGGGCUUGAGACGGCUCUGGCCGACCCACGCGCGUCCUCCGCCCCGCAGACUCCGAGUCAUGGCUGCCUCCCCGGCGGACGCGUCCCUUAGGCGGCGGGAGAACCGGCGGCAACUGGAUGCGCGCCGCAGCAAGUGUCGCAUCCGCCUGGGCGGCCACAUGGAGCAAUGGUGCCUCCUCAAGGAGCGGCUGGGCUUCUCCUUGCACUCGCAGCUCGCCAAGUUCCUGCUGGACCGGUACACUACAGGCUGUGUGCUCUGUUCAGGUCCCAAGCCUUUGGCCCCCAAGGGUCUGCAGUAUCUGGUGCUCCUGUCUCAUGCCCACAGCAGAGAGUGCAGCCUGGUGCCUGGGCUGCGGGGGCCUGGGGGCCGAGAUGGGGGGCUUGUGUGGGAGUGCUCAGCAGGCCACACCUUCUCCUGGGGUCCCUCUUCAGGCCCCACACCUCCAGAGGAGGCCAAACCGGCCCCCAUUCCAAGUACUGCUGGGAGAAGCUGGUGCCCACAGGCCAGGGGCAGGCAGGAGCCUGCAGGUUUGGAAUCUGAGCAUGAGGAGAGGACUCAGGAGACCGGGUUGCCCAGGAAGUUGGGACCCCCACCAGAGGCCUUCCUGCCCCCAGGAGAAAAGGGGGAGGAGGAAGAUGAGGGCGAAGAGGAGAUGCUCAGUGAUGCCAGCCCAUGGACCUACAGCUCCUCCCCAGACGACAGUGAGCCAGAUGCCCCCAGACCACCCCCUUCCCCUGUUACCCAUGCACUUAAGGAGGGGGAGACACCCUCAGCUCCUGCAGCUGCCCCCAGCCCUGUUGGGCCACCCCGACCAGUAUCCUCACUGUGUUCUGGGGCUCCUCUACCUGUGGGAGGUGGGGCACAGCCAGCGCUCAGCGGGACCCCUCAAGUGGCCCAGCAGACUGAGGCCCUGGCCAGCCCUGGGAGUCUGUCCCCAUCUGCUCUGGCUCUGGCUUUGGAGGAGGACGCACAGAUCGGUCCUCGGAGAGUUAGGAAAGCGGCCAGGAGGGAGCUGCUGCCCUGUGACUUCCCAGGCUGUGGAAGGAUCUUCUCCAACCGGCAGUACCUGAAUCACCACAAGAAGUACCAGCACAUCCAUCAGAAGUCCUUCUCCUGCCCAGAGCCAGCCUGUGGGAAGUCCUUCAACUUUAAGAAGCACCUGAAGGAACAUGUGAAGCUGCACAGUGACACCCGGGACUACAUCUGUGAGUUCUGUGCCCGGCCUUUCCGCACUGGCAGCAACCUGCUCAUCCACCGGCGCAUUCACACUGGAGAGAAGCCCCUGCAGUGCGAGAUCUGCGGGUUCACCUGCCGCCAGAAGGCCUCCCUGAACUGGCACCGGCGCAAGCAUGUGGAGACAGCGGCCGCACUGCGCUUCCCCUGUGAGGUGUGCGGAAAGCGUUUUGAGAAGCCAGACAGCGUUGCUGCUCACUGCAGCAAAAGCCACCCGGCCUUGUUCCUGGAGUCUCCCCGCCCACUGGAACCCUGUCCCAGCAUCUGUGCCUCUGUGCCCCUGGGGUCAGGUGAUGGGUGCAGGCCCUCUGGGGUUCCUCAGACUCUGACCCUGCUCCCUCAGCAGUGACCCCAAGCACUGAAAAGGAGCAGAGAGAGAGGCCGGAUGCCUGGUCCCUGGGAACUAGGGUGCAGGAGGAUAGGCCGAGGGUAGGACUGGACUCCGGGGGAGCCAGGCUGCUUUAGUCUUCCUAAAGGACAGAAUAAACCCAGGAUUUUACAUGGA